AUGAGCGCAAAGACGCUCAAUGAGCACGAAAUGCAACAAGUGUUUAUUCUCUUAGAAAAGUCUUUGCUUGGUGCUCCUAUACAGUUCAAAUGGCAGAAAGCACAAGGAAAUUACAUUGCAGUUACAGGAGCUGAUAAUACAGUAAAAAUCUUUGAUCGCCAUGGUCUAAAGAAAAAUGAAAUUAGUCUUCAAGGCCCCUGUGUUGCUAUGGAUUGGGAUGUAGAUGGAGAUACAUUAGCAAUAAUUGCUGAAAAAUCUACCUGCAUCUAUUUGUGGGAUGCCAAUACAAAUAAAACUAGUCAGUUGGAUAGUGGCAUGAGGGAUCAGAUGUCCUUUCUGCUCUGGUCAAAAGUUGGAGCCUUACUUGCUAUUGGAACAGUUAAAGGAAACUUAUUUAUAUAUAACCACCAGACUUCUCGCAAAAUUCCUGUACUGGGUAAGCACACUAAACGAAUAACAUGUGGAUGUUGGAGUUCUGAAAACUUACUGGCACUAGGCAGUGAAGAUAAAAUUAUAACAGUUAGUAAUCAGGAAGGUGAUACAAUAAAACAGGUUCUUUUGAAAACAGACCUUAGUGAUAUGCAGUUUUCAAUGAUGAGGAGUGAAAACAGAGCAAUAACAACUGAAAAUACUGUAAGUGUGGUGGUUGGCAAGAAAAAUUUAUUUCUCUUUAAUGUGAAUUGUCCAGAAAAUCCAAUUGAUCUAGGAUUCCAACAGCACUAUGGCAACAUUGUUUGCUAUCAUUGGUUUGGUGAUGGGUACAUCAUGAUUGGUUUUUCACAUGGGUAUGUUGUGGUUAUCUCCACACAUUUUCAAGAAAUUGGUCAAGAGAUCUUUCAAACCCGUGACCACAAAGAUAGCCUAACCAACAUUGCAAUAUCUCAGUCGCUAAAUAAAGCUGCAACAUGUGGAGACAACUGUAUUAAAAUCCAUGAUUUAUCAGAACUGAAGGAAAUGUAUGCCAUAAUAAAUCUGGAUGAUGAAAAUAAAGGUUUAGGUUGUAUGUCUUGGACAGAUGAUGGACAGUUGUUGGCAGUGGCUACACAAAGAGGCUCACUUCAUGUUUUCCUGACAAAACUUCCAGUGCUUGGAGACACUUUUAGUACCCGGAUUGCUUACCUUACCUCCCUCCUUGAAGUAACUGUAGCCAACCCUGUUGAAGGAGAGCUACCAGUCACUGUUUCUGUUGAAGUGGAACCUACCUUUAUUGCAGUAGGUCUUUUUCAUUUGGCUGUUGGGAUGAAUAAUAGAGCCUGGUUUUAUGCACUAGGAGACACAGGUGUCAAAAAACUGAAAGAUAUGGAAUAUCUGGGGACCGUUGUCAGUAUGAGUCUUAAUUCUGAUUAUGCUGCUGUGCUCUUUGAGGGAAAAGUUCAAUUACAUAUGAUAGAAAGUGAAAUUUUGGAUGCUCAAGAAGAAAGAGAAACUCGUCUUUUCCCAGCAACAGUUGAUGAAUACAGAAUUUUGUGUCACACAUUAACUGGUGAUUUUUUGAUCUAUGGUACUGACGCUGGUGUAAUUCAUUAUUUUUACAUUGAAGACUGGCAACAUGUGAAUGAAUAUCGGCAUACUGUCAGUGUUAGAAAGAUUUUUCCAGAUCCAAAUGGGACCAGGUUGGCAUUCAUUGAUGAUAAAAGUGAUGGCUUUCUGUAUUGCCCUGUAAUUGAUGCAGUGUAUGAAAUUCCAAAUUUUCCACCAACCAUCAAAUGCAUUCUUUGGGAAAACUGGUCAAUGGAUAAAGGUGUAUUUGUGGCUUAUGAUGAUGAUAAAGUAUAUACUUAUGUCUUUCAUAAGGAUACUAUACAAGGGUCCAAAGUAAUCUUGGCAGGAGGCACAAAGGUUCCCUUUUCCCAUAAGCCAUUGCUCUUGUAUAAUGGAGAAUUAACUUGCCAGACACAGAGUGGAAAAAUAAACAAUAUCUGCCUUAGCACCCAUAGCUUUCUCAACAAUUUUACAGACUCAAAAAGUAAUGAGCUGAGACAAAUACUGAUGCAAACUUUAAUGCUAAAAAGAUAAAUUUCUUCUGUCUACUAUAGAUUCUCUGAAUCAUGGGAAGUGUGCAAACUUCUGAAUGAAGCAUCUGCUUGGAAUGAAUUGGGCAGUUCCUGUCUGCAUCACAUGGAAGUGGAAUUUGCCACACGUGUGUAUCGUACAAUUAGAAACGUUGGGAUGGUGAUGUCAUUGGAACAAAUAAAAGGAAUAGAAGAUCACAACCUGUUAGCGGGCCAUCUUGCCAUGUUUACCAAUGAUUUCAAUUUGGCACAAGAUCUGUAUCUGGCAUCCAGUUGUCCUGCUGCAGCACUUGAAAUGAGGCGAGAUUUGCAGCAUUGGGACAAUGCACUUCAACUAGCCAAAUGUUUGGCCCCAGACCAGAUUUCAUUCAUAUCAAAGGAGUAUGCUAUUCAAUUGGAAUUUACGGGUGAUUAUGUCAAUGCUUUGGCUCACUAUGAGAAGGGAAUCACUGGAAACAAUAAGUAUCAAGAACAUGAUGAAGCCUGUCAAGCUGGAGUAGCUCAAAUGUCCAUUCGCAUGGGAGAUAUUCGUCGAGGGGUUAAUCAAGCCAUUAAACAUCCUAGCAGACUGCUGAAAAAGGAUUGUGGAGCAAUUCUAGAGAGCAUGAAGCAAUUUUCAGAAGCUGCUCAGUUAUAUGAAAAAGGACAAUAUUAUGAUAAAGCAGCAUCUGUGUAUAUCCGAUGUAAAAACUGGGCAAAAGUUGGUGAGUUACUUCCACAUGUGUCCUCUCCAAAGGUUCACCUACAGUAUGCCAAAUCUAAGGAAGCAGAUGGAAGAUAUAAAGAAGCUGUUGUGGCUUAUAAAAAUGCCAAGCAGUGGGAUAAUGUAAUACGUAUAUAUUUGGAUCACCUCGGUAAUCCUGAAAAAGCUGUUAGUGUUGUCAGGGAGACCCAGUCUCUUGAGGGAGCCAAAAUGGUGGCCAGAUUCUUCCUCCAGCUGGGUGAUUAUGGUUCUGCUAUCCAAUUUCUGGUUAUGUCCAAGUGCAAUAAUGAAGCUUUCACACUGGCCCAGCAGCAUAAUCAGAUGGAACUUUAUGCUGAUAUUAUUGGUUCUGAGGAUACCACUAAUGAAGACUAUCAGAGCAUUGCUUUAUAUUUUGAAGGAGAAAAGAAACAUUUUUCAGCUGGAAAAUUCUUUUUGCUGUGUGGCCAGUAUGCACGGGCUUUAAAACAUUUCCUGAAAUGUUCAAACACAGAAGAUAACCUGGCCAUAGAAAUGGCAAUUGAUACCGUUGGACAGGCAAAUGAUGAAUCACUGACCAAUCAACUCAUAGAUCAUCUCAUGGGUGAAAGUGAUGGCAUGCCAAAGGAUGCCAAAUAUCUCUUUCGUCUGUACAUGGCAUUGAAGCAAUACAGAGAAGCUGCUCAGACUGCCAUAAUAAUUGCCAGAGAGGAGCAAUCUGCUGGAAAUUAUCGAAAUGCCCAUGAUGUUCUCUUCAGUAUGUAUGCAGAACUGAGAAACCAGAAAAUUAAAAUUCCAUCUGAGAUGGCCACAAACCUUAUGAUUCUGCACAGCUAUAUUUUAGUGAAGAUUCAUGUUAAACGUGGAGAUCACUUAAAGGGAGCACGUAUGCUUAUUCGUGUCUCCAAUAACAUCAGCAAAUUCCCAUCACAUAUUGUGCCAAUUCUGACUUCAACAGUAAUUGAAUGUCACAGAGCAGGUUUGAAAAAUUCAGCUUUCAGUUUUGCAGCCAUGUUGAUGAGGCCUGAAUAUCGCAAUAAAAUAGAUAUGAAAUACAGAAAAAAGAUAGAAGCAAUGGUCAGGAGACCAGAUACAUCAGAGACAGAAGAGACAACCACACCAUGCCCAUUUUGUGAAUUCCUUCUCCCUGAGUGUGAACUACUCUGUCCAGGGUGUAAAAAUAAUCUCCCAUACUGCAUUGCAACUGGUAGACAUAUGAUAAAGGAUGAUUGGACCGUUUGCCCUUACUGUGACUUUCCUGCUUUAUAUUCAGAGAUGAGAAUAAUGCUGCAUACAGAAAGCACCUGUCCUAUGUGUUCAGAAACAUUGAACACUGCUAAUAUUAAAAAAAUAGCUGACUGUACACCUUAUCUCAAGCCAGAAGCAGGAGAUCAUUAA